AUGACUGAAGAUUUGAAAAAAGUGAUGAAUGACCACAAGUCAAGACAGGAGAAGAUAUCGGACGCAGAUUUUCAAUCGAGAAAUCAGGCAUUUAAUCUAACUUUCAAUGAGUUUAAGACCAAACGUAACGAAGUUAUCGAACAAAUCAACAAAUUGAAGACCGAAAAGACCCGACUUAUCAAAGAUCUCAUUGAUUUAGACAAUAGAACCGAUGAAAGAUUGAUACAAAUGACAAAUAAGGAAACUGGAAGACAAAGCGGUCACAACGUCCCUGACAUUGAACGCCACUAUCAGGACAGUAGGUCCUCUUUGGUGAACUCUUAUUGUACAGAAAUGGAGGCCGAGUUAGACCAGAGAGUUACCAAUUUUAAGGAACGGACCAGACGUCUGGAUCUCAACUAUGGCAUGGAUUCAACAGUCAGUUCGGGUUCUGGUAAUCAACAACAGAAAACUUCUCUCAAGAAUCGACAGAAAGAGUUGUUGGAACUAAAAGUAAAAAAUAGCGAAUCAUUUGUUCAGCGAAUAGCAAACAUCAAGAAACCAAUUGAAGAAACUUAUCAAGAGAUCGAAGUAAACAACAAGAAUGAAACCGAAGAGAUCGACAGAUUGUAUAAAAAGAUGCGAAACAAAGAUCAGGAGGAAAGGGAUGAGACGACUAAAAGAUUGAUUCAAAAACUUAAGAAUGACGAAGAAAAAGAUGAACAACAAAGACAAAAGAAAGAAUCAGAUGAUAGAAAACACAAGAAAGAAUUGGAUGAUAAAAAACAGAAGAAGAAUAAGGAAGAAGAAGACAAAAAAAAGAAGAAAGAAAAUUGA